AUGGCAAGCGAUCAAGCCAAGAAUGCUGGUGCAGUGACACAGGAACAUCACAUGCCACCAUACCAAGCAUACGGUGCCUACUCGCCACCUUUUCCAGUCUAUUAUGACCCGAACCAUCCUGAACCAAACGGCGCGCCACACCCAGCACCCCCGUACAUCUAUCAUUACCCGCCUCCAGGGAUGAUGUACCCCUUUCCUCCUCCUGGAUUUCCACCUUACGCGCCUCCUCCCCAAACUAACUUUCAGCGCGUCAAGCGUAAGCAGGUCAAGAUGGCGUGUACCAACUGCGCAAAUGCCUGCAAGCGUUGCGACGAGCAUCGUCCAUGUGAACGAUGUGUCAAAUAUGGUAUCCCAGAAACGUGCGUUGAUGGUGUGCGCAAGGAGAGGCAGAAGGGAAUCAAGCGGGGACCCUACAAGCGCAAGAACAAGUCCGGCGGCAGUGAUACUGCGACUUCACCUACUCAUAAUGCCACUUUCGAGACAAACGGAGACCCAGCUUGGCACCCGCCGAACGGUGUAGCACAGGGUUCUGCAACUGCAACUCCUGCACCUUCGUCAAUGCCACCCUUUCCACCACCGCCACCACCAGAAGGGGGAUAUUAUCCGCCACCAUAUUUCUAUCCUCCACCUCCUGGUUUUGUACCGCCGUCUGAGGGUCAAGCGCCUGUGGAAGGGUCCCCAAAUUCUGGCGUGCCUCCUCCGAUGAUGCCUUACUAUAUGCCUCCCCCUGGAUACUAUGGACCGCCGUAUUACGGCCCUCCUGGCGUGCCGCCGCCCGCCAUGGAUCCAGCACAGGUUGAGCUUCAAAGGACAUCCGGCCCGCCUGUAGAUCAUGAUCCUGAAGUUGAAGAAAUCCCGCCGCCUGCUCCUAAAACAAAUUCAAAGAAGAGAACUAGGGCGGGGAAAGAGGGACGACCGAAAGCGAAGAAGACUAAGGUCGCUGCUGUCGUGCAGGAGUCUUCAACUUCAAGCGGAACGACGGGAGGGAGCGACCAGACCUCAGAACCUGGCCACGGCAGCCCAGCUGAGAUUGGUGAUGCAUGA